AUGUACCAUCAAGGAACUUGUCUUACCCAAAGACCAAAUAAUAAUGCUUCAAUCGUACAACACGAAAGAAUACCUGUGUUGGAACGACGAGUUCCUCCACAGUCACCACAUCAAUUCUCACAGCAACAGCAUUACAUUCAAAAUAAUGAGAAUUCAAAUCGACCGUAUUCUUCUGAUAUUCAUUCAUUAUCGUCACAACGGUUUCAUGGAAAUCAAAAUGCACGAAUAUUAAAUCAAGUGAAUAAUGUUGCACCAACAAUGUCACCUUCUACCAAACGAAAAUUUGACGAGUUAAUGGUUGAAAAUGGGAAAAAACUGAAUCAACUGGUUGAUGCGGUGGAAUCUCUGGUUCAAGAACAAAGAGAAGUAACUGAAGGUCUUCGUGUGUUAAAUAAAACUACUUCGCAAUCUCAAAAAUAUAUGCGCCAACUAAUAAAAUCUAUCAAAGUCGAUGUGACUCCAAACAAAUAUGCAUCUCAACCUCAAUUACCAGUUUACAUGCACAAUGAACAAAAUUUGUUUUCUUCAAUAUCUUCUGAUUUACCAAUAGCAACAAUCCUUUGCAGAUUAAUUAGAAAACUAUAUUCAACUGAAGAAAUAGAAAAUGGUGUAGCAGAAAAUGAACAUGAUGAACGAUUUCAAAUUGUUAAAAAUGCCAUGGUAGCAGCUUUUUUUGUCGACGAACCAGUAAAAUUUGAUAUCUUUUGGCAACAAAUAGGUAAAAAACAUAUUGGAGGACAAAAACGAGCUCAAAAAUGUCGAAAUAAAAAAUUGAAAACAAAUCAUAUUCUAAAUUCUGAAGAUAAUUCUCAUUCAAAUGAAGAUGGUAAUGAUCCAAGCAGUUAUUCAGAAUCGGACUUUGAUAAUUAA